AUGGCUGGCUCCACGUCUGGUAACAGCACAUCCUCCUCCUCCUCUGGGCAUGCUGAACAGAAUCCCGAGACGGAAAAGUACCUGCAAGCCCUCAACCAUUCGCUCUCCACCAACUACCUGUACGCGCUGGUCGUCCUCACUGCCCUCGUUUUCGCCUACCACAGCGCCAUCCGUCUCCACAGGCACGCCCGCCAUCUCGUCUCUCUAGGAGGAAACACUCGAUCUCAACGAUAUUUCUCCUUGGUCAGUCCGACCAUUGCCCGGCUCAAAGUCCAUUUGGUCUAUGCUCCCUUGUUGUAUCACAGACGGGCCGAGGAGAUCAAAUGCGGCUCUCGUCUGAUCUUGGGCACAAUACCCACGCGGUUCAAUACCUUGUUCAUCACAAGCAUCAUCGUGUACAACGUCUUUGCCUGCGUCUAUAACAUCCCUUGGUCGUCUCCUGAGCUCGAGGUCUUGCCCAUCUUGAGAAACAGGACCGGAUCCCUUGCCACGGCCAAUCUCAUCCCUAUCUGCGUGCUGGCCACCAUCAAGAACCCCUUGAUUAAUGCUCUGGACAUUUCCUAUGACUCGUUCAACUUGGUACACCGGUGGCUCGGUCGCUUGAGCAUCCUGCAAGGCGUGGCACACACGAUCUGCUGGAUGAUAGCGAAGGUCGAGAAAUCAGGUUGGGCCGCCGUCCAAAAAUCCUUGACACACUCUUCAUUCAUCAUGACCGGCCUCAUCGCCACUGUCGGCUUCGUGGCGUUAGGACUGCAUUCCUCAAAAGUCUUCAGAUCCCUGGCAUAUGAAUUCUUCUUGCACAGCCAUAUCCUCCUUGUAGCCAUGACCUUUGGUGGGUUGUGGGUUCACUUGGAGGGUCUGCCCCAACAGCGCUUCCUGAUGGCCGCCAUCAUCAUCUGGGUUGGAUGCCGUUUGUGGAGAUUGUGCACUCUGAUCUACCGGAGCUGCGGACGUGGCGGUACCUAUGCCACCAUUGAACCACUCCCACGCGGCUCUGUGAGAGUCUCCGUCACCUGUGUCCGACCGUGGAAGGUCCGGCCCGGUCAGACUCUGUACCUGAGCAUUCCAUCCAUUGGCUGGUUGACUCUCCACCCCUUCUCCGUUGCAUGGGCCGAAUCUGAUAGGGAGACAAGCCUGAGCCGUUGGGACAGCACGAACAGCAAGCACUCCGAAUACUCGGACAAGACACGACUGGUGGGCACGGUCCGCGCUGGUAAAGAGGGAGUUCCAGAGCCGCGCAGUCGCACGAUCGACCUCAUCAUCAAGCGGAAAACCGGCUUCACGUCGACCCUGUUGACUCGAGCCCACCAAGGGGGUGGCAGACUCGUGCUCCCCGCCUUUGUGGAAGGCCCCUACGGCCAUGAAACCAGCCUCGCGAGUUUUGGAACCCUGCUUCUCUUCGCCACAGGCGUCGGCAUCACCCACCACAUGAUGUACAUUCGUUCGCUGGUGCAGGGAUAUACCGACGGCACCGUCGCCACUCAACACAUUACCCUCGUCUGGGUCGUGCCCAAUUGCGAGUGUUUGGACUGGGUGCGCGAAUGGAUGCACGAAAUCCUCAACAUGGAGAAUCGCCGCGACGUGCUCACGGUCGUGAUCCACGUCACCCGUGCGAGCAUGAACCAGGACGUCAGGAGCCCCAGCUCCAGGGUGAAGAUGGUGAGAGGUCGUCCGAAUGUGAUGAGUGUCGUGCAGCGGGCGGCCGACGACCGAGUUGGGUGUUUGGGCAUCAGCGUCUGCGGGUCGGGAGGUCUCGCGGACGAGGUUCGUGCCGCAACUCGGGUGGUGAUCGGGCAGGGGGUGAAUGCUUCAUUGAUGGAGGAAGGGUUUGGAUGGUGA